CACCUUUGGAUUACGACCAUAUUUCAAGGCUGAAACAGUGAAUCCAACAUGGGAACUAACCCAAAAAGGACAGUGACAGUCCAGAUGGUGCCUCAACUGGCUGUGAUGGACACGCCGAGCAAUAAGGAAUCCAAUGCCAACUGGGUUAAGGAGCCCAGCUUCAAACUCUCUCAGGACUGUCCAAAACCCUCCCACACAUCUCCUGACAAGCAGGAUAACCAAUCUCUGAUGAAUACUGACACGAACACCAUCGCACAUACCCAAAAAACAGCUUCCAAGGGAGGUGAACCAGUUAGCAGCUCUGUGUUGGACCAACCAGUCCCGGGGAACGGAAAUCAGAUCACAUCCGAGCACGCGAUGGAUGCAGACACACAUUUGUCUUCAACAGGUAAAGGUGUGUUUGAAGCGGGAGAUGACCAGAGGGAUUCUAAUGCAAAUAUGAAAACAUUAACUCUGACUAAUGAAAAGGACAUGUGUACGGUCGGACUGUCAGCUGCUGUUAAAUCAAAGGUGGAGGUACACAGCAGCGAAUGCAGAGUGAAAGGGCCGAGUGCAGCAGAGGAGGAGCUCCCGACGCUGACAUCCUCCGGUCAGAAUGAACAGCUGGCUCUGAAGGACUCAAAUCUGAACGACACCAAUGAACUGAGGAAUACAGAAUCUGAAUGUCCACAAGACAAUAAUAAUAAAAGCAGUGGUUCAGCCGCCCGGCACACGGAGGCAGCCACGCCGCAGAAAGGGAAAGAGUCUGAUCAUAUACAGACUUCUGUAUCGUUGCAAGAGAAACCAAAACCCAAGCAAUGCAACGAAACUUCGGCUCCAGCUCCUUCUCAGUGUAAAGAACCAGAAGUCAUCUCUGUGACUGAGAACUCAUGUUCAACACAUCCAGAGAAGGAUUUUCAAUCAACAAAGACGCCACAAGUCUGCUCAGACAAACGUCAGCCAGCGCCUUGCGUUCUGCCCCAGGCUCCACAGAGCAUGCUGGCCGAGGGGCAGGUGGCUGCGCAAAGCAGCCAGACUGACACAGCUGCGUUUGAAGGGCAUCUGCACUGCAAGGUCUACAGGGAAGUUUCAACAAUGACCUCAUCUCUCUCACCAGGUCCCGUCAAGCAGUGUCACGACAUGGAGGUUCAGGCUGUGGCUCACAUGUGCAGCAAGGCCGUGGCAACAAGUCCCAGUCUGUUGCCCUUCGCUGUGACUCGCAGGCCGAGCGGCGGCACGGUCACCAGGGAGGAGGUGCAGAGCCUGGCCGUCAUCUACCAGGUUAAUGACGGCGUGGCGCUCCAUCAGAUGAGCGUAGCUUCUCCAUGUGCGUCCGCGGACGUGAAGCCCGAGAGACUCACUGUGGAGGCAGAGAUGUGCUCCGAUCAAAACGCCGGCGUUGUUUUCCACUCAGACACUCUGGCCCUGCAGCACGACUCCAGGCUCGGCGCCAAACCUAAAGAACCGGGUUCGGCUCUGUGCAACAUCCAGCCAGUUUAUCAGAUCAAUAUUGAACACAGCAACCACAAGAAGCAAGGCGAGCCAGGUAACUCUCAGCAUACACCCGAAAUCCAGGCAUCUGCAGCAAGUACAAUCGCUGGUGAAGCUCUUCCUCUGAAAUCAGGGACGUCCCCCGGGACGGCUGGUGUUUACAAGUGUGGAUCUGCUGACAGUAACAACACUGGGCCGUCUCAGGCCACUGCUGCAACAGCCAGGGCUGACCAAGCCCUGCCAGCAACAACAACAACCACCGCUGCCACAUCCAAGCCAGAUCUCACGAAAAAAAAAGAUGAAAUCUCAAAUGAGAAAAUAAAAGAAGGGAAAGCCAAGUCCAAGGAGACCAAGUCCAGCAAGCAGAAGAUCGAACCAGAGCGAAAUGAUGAAGAGGACGACCAGUCAGGGAAGCAAAAAGGAAAGAGUGUUCAUGACGUGGUCUGGGAUGAACAGGGGAUGACUUGGGAGGUCUACGGCGCCUCAGUGGAUCCAGAAUCUCUUGGUUUCGCCAUCCAGAGCCACCUGCAAUGCAAGAUCAAGGAGCAGGAGAGGAAACUGAUCGCCCAGACCUCCUUUCGAAAGUCAAUCUCUGGCAGCGGUUCACCACAACAUGGCAGGAAGAACAAAAGGAGGCAGCAGAACAUUUUCAGGUCAAUGCUCCAAAAUGUCAGGCGGCCCAACUGCUGCGUGCGUCCCCCUCCCUCCUCCGUCCUCGAGUAGCACAGCACAGAGGUAGAGUCAAUGUCACACUCCUCCCCUUUUCCCAGAGGUCAAUCUGCUUGUCCUCCCCUUAUCAAGAGUGCAAUGCCAAGUGAAACAUUAAUGGGACGAUGAUCCCUGUAAGUAAGUAUACUGGAAUGUUGUAGCAUCAAAAGUUCAAUUAUUUGUGAUGUGUGUGAUCGAACAAGGUAGGAAAUAGAGGAAAAAAUAUAUAUGAUGAACAAUUCAAGACUUAUUUUCUAGAAAUAGUAAUCAUGAAGAAAGAGGAAUGACUCUCAACAGUUUUUAAUUAACAAAAUGCAAUAAUAGUGAAAUGCAUGUAUCUUAGUUACAAUGGCAGAUGUUUGACCUAAAAUAAAGUCCAGGCCCUCACAGCGAAGGGCGCUGAUCAUCGAGUAGAUAUUUUAUUUACUGUCAGAAUACUUGUGAGAAGAUAUUAAACCAACAUCUCAUUACAUAUGGUGCAUUUGGUACAUGUUUUCGAGGUGUUUUGGGGCCCUAUAUUUAUAAGAUUGCUGUAUUUUCUUUUCAUGCAUAUUUAUUUUUAGUGAGUAAUU